UAAUUUAGUCAAAAAAGAGAGCGCUUCGGCUAAACAUUGGACAAAGUUGCAAUAUAAAAAAGUGCAAGUUGUUAGCUGGGCUAUAACGAAAAACAAUAACAUCGAUCAAUCAGUGCACAGACGGAGAAUCAGCGCCAAACAUAAAGUAAAACGCAUUUUCUCACGCAUACAUUAACACAAAAAGCGAAUACACACACAUAAGCAGGCAAAGCAGUGCGAAUAAUAAUAAAGGGCCCACAGAAGUCUGGCAAAACAAGGAGAAUAAAUUAAAGUUGAAUUUAAUCUGACUAAAUACCAGCGGAGAACGAGUUUGUAUCUUUCGGUGUACAAGUGUUGAACACUCGGAACACAGAAAGCCCUAUCGUAUAGCCACACACAAACACAAAUACCUAAACAAAAUGUCUACGACACCAAAAUCGACUGAAGAUUUGCUGGGCGAAUCUUGGAUUGAACUGAGCACAACUGCUGCCAUGGCCGGUAUCAAGAGCCCCGACAGAAUCACACCGUUGCCGUUCAACAAUGGGGAGGAGUAUCUGCGCUUGUUGCGCGAGGCACAGCGCGAAUCGAACCAGUCGAGCCGUGUGGUCUCGCUGGCCAGCUCUCGUCGUGAUACGCCCCGAGACAGCCCCAAGAGCCCACCGAACAGUCCACAAACGGAACUCUGUCCCGACGAUGAGCUGAGAAACGUCUACAUUAACUAUUGGACAAAGGCUGGCGAAAAACAGAACACAGACAAUGGAGAUUGGCUGCAGAACUGGAAUCGUGGCACAGAUGAACAGCCUCCCAAAAACUGGAAGUUCGAGUCUGUCCAUAAGUCUGACAAUGGCGACGAGGAGGAGAAAAAGAAGACUACUGGUGGCUACUCCAUACGCUUGAAGCGCUUGGGUGCCCAGUCUCUGUUCUCCCGCGAAAUCCUCUACUCGCUGUUGUUCACCAAUGUCCUGUCCUUGCUGCUUGGUGCCGGCUUUGGAUUGUGGCUGAGCAAGCGCGGCAUACUCCUCACCCGCGUGGUCAUUGACUGAAAGACGCCAUAAACAAAAACAAAAAACAGAUACAGCAACACACAGAUUUAUAAACGAUUUCAAUCUAUCAUUAUGCACAUCAAUCGAAGAACAGAAACAGAAACAGAACAUGAAGCGUUCCAUUUACAAACAAUCGCCAAACGUAUUCCAGCUCAUUUGUAUUUUUCGACAGAGACCAAUCUGUGUAACACUUUCUCGUAACAUAACAUUGUAAUUUGUAAGCCAUCAUGUUAAGGCAAACGUCGAGGAGCGGGUAUAACAGUUUAACAGAUUUUUUAUUACAUUACAUAUUUUAUAGUUUUAUAUAUAUUAAACACGUUAUAUGUAUCUAGGCGGCAAA